AAUACGACAUACCACAAAUUUUCAUGAAAAUCGGUCCAGCCGUUUUGGGGGAGUCUUGUAACAAACACCGCUAUACGAGUAUUUUAUAUAUUAGAUUUCUCUUCCCGUAAGAAUACGGGAAUAGAAUUUUUCAAAUCGGUUCGGUAGUUUCAGAGCCUAGGUAUUCAAUCAUCAAACUCAAAUUCUUGCAAACAAACAAAUAUUUCAACUCUAGGUACCUAUUAUAUUACCAAAAAUUACCUAGUAGGUAUAGAUUAUUCAAUAUUUCGGAGUCUAUUUAAUGCAAACAAUCAAAUCAUUCCUCUAUGUAAUAUAAGUAGGUACCUAUAGAUUCACAUAUUAUCAAGCAAGCUUUUCAUCUAAUUUCAAUUUUCCUACAAACACAAGUCUCAGUCACACAGCAGGCGAAACGAGUUAUACUCGGAGUAUCUUAGCGUGAUCAAAUCAGAAAGGAGGACAUCCACAGAAGAACCAAAGCCACCGAAAUAGCUCAACGACUCGUGAAGCUGAAGAUGGGCGGGGCACAUAGUUAGAAAGCGGACGUUGGGGUCCCAAGGUGCUGGAGUGGCGACCCAGGUGGACGAUAUCCAGCGAGUUGGAGGGAUUCGUUGGAGGCUCAGGAUCGUGAUGUUUGGAAGUCCCUACAAAAGGCCUUUGUCCUGUAGUGGACAUUCAUCGGCUGAUAUGAUGAUGAUGACCUCACGAGUACGUACAUGGAAAAACAUUCAUAUAUAUAUAUAUAUAUAUAUAUAUAUAUAUAGCUAUAGAGGGUUAGGGUUGUAAAAGUCUAUAAAAUAAACCUACACAAUUGCAAUAAAAUAAAAAUUCGCGUGGCGAGGAAAAUGAAAUAGCCACAUGUUUCGUAAUUUUAUAGGCGGCACUAUAAAACAUUUUUAUGUCGUUCACAUUCGUUUCCUAGUUCACUUUUACCGCUGUGUACCACCAUGUAGACCCAAAAUGAGAGCUGCUUUAUAUUUUAUCGUAAUAUACACAUGUAUUAUACAUACAACAUCUAAUUUGAACGUGGGAGGUGAUGAAAAAUCUACAAUAAACAGACAAGAAAGAGAACGACAUCUAAAUAAAAUUAAUAAUGUAAAGGAAGAUUUUAGAUUGUAUAAAAAAAGAAUGGAAGAUCUAAAAGAUGCAAAAGCCGCGAAAAGAAAAGCUGAAGUGUUGAAAAGAUUAAAGAGUUAUGAAAAAAAACUUAGUAAUGCUGGCGAUUUGGAAAAAGUAAUAAAAAAUCCUGAUUUAGAAAAACAAAUAUACCAGAGAGAUCCUGUUUUAAACUACAUGAAAAGAAGAGACUUUCGAAGAAUAGCGGAGUCUUCCGAUUUUGAAACUAGUGAAACUUCUAGUUCAAGUAUGGAAGUAACGAAUUGGAAGGAUGAGUGGAAGCAGCUCUGGCUUCAGAAGAAGUUAGAAGCGAUCAAUACUUCUAUGCCGAAAGGAGAUAUGGUUAAUAUGGUUGCAGCGAGUGAGAUUUCUUUUUAAUUAACUACCUACGAUUCUACAGUAAUAUUAUAAAUAGAUUUUUAUUUUUGUAUGUAACGUAUAAACUCAAAAAUACUCGUAAUGUUAAUAAUAACUCCGUAUUCCCACGGCAUCAGGACUAGGAUUAAUAACACAACAAACUAAUUAUAAGAUGUUUCUUGGCGCUAAUCUCUGGGUCGAUUUUCGUGCGGUCUCAAUCGCAAGAGCCUGGAGUCUGGAGUAAUAUAUUAUAAGUUUAUCAAGAUGUACCUAUUGUAAAGAAAAAGUUAUUCGAAAUAACAUAAAAUUAAAAAUUUUGUAAACCCCCGAAGGUCAUGUAAUUAUUAAUUACACUCUCGAUCAAAUCAUCAAUAUUCUCUUUCAGUGCGCUUUCAUUUGAGACCCCAUAUUUGCAGACAUUCGGUUAUUCUUCCCCAAUUUCACCCCCCACAAAUUUUAAACGGCUCAACAGAUUUUCGUCAAACAUGUUUAAGACACUCGCAUAUAAGACCCCUUUAAUAAAAAAAAUUGAAAUCGUUUCAUCCGCUCGGGAGCUAUGUUGCCACAGAUAGACUGACAGACUGACAGACAGACAUACAGACACACAGACAGACAGAUACGUCAAACUUAUACUCGUAACACUUCUCUUUUUGGGUGGGGGUUAAAAAUAGACAUUACUGCGAACACAGUCGUGCUUUAGUUAACAAUACGUGUAGUAUUUACACACAAGAUACAAUCAAUAUUUAUUUUCCUAUUUAAGGACCAUGGGGAGUUCCGUGUGGGGAUCCAAAUCAGCAUGACGCACCAUGGGGGACAUGCAUGCUGCCUAUGGAAUGCGAGGCGGAGUACAGGAUCUAUCGUGGAGAUUAUUUCUGUGGUCGGACCAAGUUCAUCUGUUGUGCCCUACAAUUCACAAAUUACGAUUUGUACGAAGGAUUUGAUAACUCGUUCGCCGAUUCCAGUUUAGCUACAGAUUCCGAAGAAAAGAAAAACAGAGACAGAGGAUCUAAAGAAAAGAAGCGGCGGAAGAGCGCAAGGGACAGAAAACGUAGAUUUCGAGACAGGUUGAAGCGUAAACGGAGAAUCAAGAGAACGAUUAGAAAGAUAAUGAGAGAAAUACGAAAGAUAUUAAACAAAUCGUUCCGAAACGGCACUGCAGCUAGAAAGAAGAAGACGAAACAACUCAAAAGGUUUAUAAAGCAAAUGAAACAACGCUACAUAAAAGAAAGAAGGAUUGUCAAGGAUAUCCAUGAAACGGAGCUGAUAAAAAUCGAUGCAGCAUUACAGAAGAGAUUGAAUGAAAUACGAGGCAUGAACCAAGAGUACGUGAAUAAUCAAACCUUUAGAGAUAUCAUCGUAAAUGGAUCAAUAAGUAGACAGAAUGUGAAAAUGUUGAUGAAGGCGUACCCGGAUUUAGCUGAUGUCAUUAAUACGAGGCGCACAGGGAAAGAGAAACCUCCAAAGGAUUAUUUGGAAUACGAUAUUGAGUAUGGAUAUCUUUAUUACUGAGCAAUAAAACCCUUGCCCAUUUUAUGUUUCAACUUUUAGUCAAUAAAAUAUAUAAUACGACUAUAUGACUGUUGGAAAU